AUUGCCCCAGAUUGUCUGCAAACGAGUCUGGAGUCCCCACGAUUGCGCACCGUCACCCCAGACCAACGGUUCCCAACGCGCUGGAUCUUUUGUCCAGAUAAGGCUGUGGAUGCUGGCACGGUGACACGCGCUGUCCGCUGUCGCUUUCGGAAAUUGGAGGAUACAGCGGUAACACGGGCGCAACUCUUAAGGACCAUGACGACGGCCGUCAAGAGGGCGUGCGACGCCUGCCACCGCCGCAAGGUCAAAUGCGACGGCAUCAGUCCGUGUCGCAACUGUGCAGCGUCGCAACUUGCAUGUACAUACAAUGCGAUUCCGCAGAAAAAGGGCCCCAAGGGUUCUCGCGCCAAGGUCAUCAACGAGCUGAAGGAAACUCAACGCCAGACCAGUCUUUCGGCCAAGUUGCAGGGCGGGCUCAACGGUGGCGCAUCGAGUGCCAGUCUUGCGCCGACUCCCAGGCUCCUGACUAAGGAGACGCUCAAGGCGUGCAUUGAGUUUUUCUUCGCUCACAUGUAUCACUUGAUGCCCAUCCUCGACCGCCAGCGCCUCGAGCAGGACGCUAUGUUCAUGGAUCAAAAUCUCGACACGUACUGCCUAUUGACGUCUUUGUGUUCGUUCGUCUGCUUACAGCCGGGCAUGGUCAUGCCGGGAAUGGGUAUGUCGAUGAACGACCCAUUCAAUCCGGACAUCAUGUUUGGCAGCAGCAACAUCGUUACUAGCACGCUUCUGAUGGAGGAGACAAUACGGGUUCGCAAAGGGUACGAUUAUGUGGCGUCGCCGUCCGUCAAUAGUCUCUGCACGAGUUACUUCUUGUUCGCGGUACACCACGGUCUGGAGAUGCACGACAGGGCCUGGUUCCAUCUGCGUGAGGCCACAACCUUGGCCCACAUGGCCAGGAUGAACGAGGAACGGACGUACCUGCAGUACGACAACAACGACAGCACUGAGGCAUCACGACGCAGACGGUUGUACUGGCUGCUUUUUGUAACAGAACGGGCUUAUGCUCUCCAUCACCGCCGCCCGUUGACGCUUCAGGCUAGUAUCAACCCACCGCCUCCAAAUGAGCACCCUGCGGAUCCUUUUCUGCACCAAGGUACCACUUUGCUGCGCCUGAUUGCUUUGUUCCGCGGGUUCGACGAGGUGCACAUUCCUUUGUGGACGAAGUCACGGGUCGAAUGCUCCGAGUCCUAUCUCGCAACGCUCGACAAGCAGCUUCGGGAAGUUUUGCCUCCCUAUCUGAACGACACGCAGGCUCAACUCGCCGAGCUGCCUAUGAUUCAGCAAUGGCUCAAGCACAAGGCCUGGGAAGUCAGCAUGGCCAAUGGAAAUGGGAACGAAGCGGGGGUUACAUACAUCGACACCAUUCACGAACUUCUCCCGAUGGUGUCUCACUUCCCCGGAAACCUGGGCCUGCACGGCCUCAGCCUAUUUGAGCACCUGCUCAGUGUCACAUCCGCCCUAACCGAGAUUCUUGCUGUCCUGCCGGCACCUCGGACUCCCUUCACGCCGGGACCACAUGAUCAGCUGCGCAAAAUCCUAAACAUCGUCACGGUCAUCCGCAAUGGAGAGCAUCGGUUCCUUCCCUUGUUGCUCAGCAAGGUCGCCUUGGCGCUUCCGCACCUCGCCAGCCCGAUGCUGCAGAAUGCUCCCGAGAACGCGGCUGCUUGCAACGUCGACAUCUUUGACGGGUUCGGGAAUGCGGGUAUGGGCCAACCGUCGAUGUAUUCGUCUAGCGAGUUCGACAACAAGUACGCUGUCCCGCGCCUCGACGACAUGAGUUCCGAUUCCAACAGCCCGAACGGGGCGCCUUCAAGCGGCAACGACAUGAACUCCCCUUUCGUCAGCUCUCCUGCAAUCAUGUCCCCUGGGAUGCAAGAGUUGCCGCACGGCUUGCAGACUGAUUUUACUUCGAUGCCGGAAAUGGUCAUGAGCCCAAUGAGCCAUGCGCCACCUUCAUCGCUCGGCACACCUGGCGGGAUGAACAACGAGCAACACCAGCCAUCACAGCACAGCCAGCACACGCCUAUAUCUCCGUUUCCGAACGCGAAUUCUCAGAUGCAGGGCUUGAAUGUAAAUAACAUCAACAGCCCCGCGAACAUCAGCCUCCCGUCGCAAAUGCACCUUAACCAAGGGCUCGGCUCGACCAUGAGCACCAGCAUGGCACCGGGUGUCAGCAACAACAAGCUAAUGGCACGAGCGCCCAUAUCACAGAGGGCAAAUAGCUUCGCCCUCGGUGGCCUCCCACAAAUACGAACAGUGGGCGAUUUCCAGGCCCUGCAGCGGGCCAAUACGGACAUGAACGCUAUGGGCUCGCUAGGGAUGAGCCCUCUGGGACCUGACAUGGACUUCAGCUCGAUACCGAGGUAGUGACGCGGGAUCUGGCGGACGUUCUGCGAUUUGCAGGUACAUACUCCCAGGCAGGCGUAAAUAAAGGUACUAGUACUAUCUCGGAGCAGUCCGCU